AUGAAUAUAUUACAUUUACUAAUUUUUAUUUCAAUUUUAUUAACAACAAAUGCUCAAUGGUAUAUUAAAAAAAAUAAUCGACCAAAAUUAAUGAAUUAUCCAAAUCCUGGCAAAAGAAGUUUAUUAGAAGAUGAUGAAUCAGCAUUAAUUAAUAUUGAUUGUUCAAAAUCAUAUUCUCAAUUAUAUUCAUCUGAGGAAAGAUCUGCAUGGCUAUCCAUAUGUGGUCAUAGAACGCUACCGUUAGAAUUUAAUGAAGAUUCAUUAUCGAAUGAUUUCGAUAGCUCUGAAGAUGAAUCAUCUUCUGUUGAAACAGCAUUUCAUCUAGCUGUAAAACGUUCUUCAUAUGUGGCACCACCUUAUUUUAAAGAUGACAAUAUUUCAUUCAAGAAAUAUAUGAUGCAACGUCUACGGCGUAUGAUUAAUAACAAAUAG